AAAGGAGAGCCGAGAGGAGCUCCGGCAGACUCAAACUCGACUGAGCAGAGCGAUUUCAGCACCACAGCCAGUGGACAGCGACACUUUGUCUUUGACUCAACAUGGUUCUGAUCUGGACCCAGUUCGGUGUGAAGCAGAAAAACGGCAAUGUCAAGUGCAAAGUUCGGGUUAUGCACAGAGGAGACAGCUCCAGCUCCUCAUCCUCAGCUGAAAGUACCAAGUCUGAGCAGGAAGUGCCUUGCCUGUCCAUCAAACCUCAAGGCAAAGAUUUCUACAAAAUCCUAGGCAUCACCCACGAAUCCAAUGAGGACGAGAUCAAGAAGGCCUACAGGAAGCUGGCUCUCAAGUUCCACCCAGACAAGAACAGCGACCCAGACGCGGAGGACAAGUUUAAGGAGAUUGCAGAAGCUUACGAGGUUCUGACGGACCCCCAAAAGAGAAGCGUCUAUGACCAGUUUGGAGAAGAAGGCCUGAAAAAUGGAGUUUCAACAGGCCAGGGAGGUUUCCGAAACAACUUCCCCACCGACCCCCACGCCACCUUCUCCUCCUUCUUCCAUGGGUCCGACCACUUUGACAUCUUCUUUGGUAGCGACCCCGAAAGCGACGACGACCUCUUCAACCCCUUCAGACGCUUCACCUUCACCAACUUAGGCGGGUUUGCCGGCUACGAGGCGGGUCAGCGGAAAGGCCAGCAGUGGCUGCCAGGCCAAGCGGCGGUGCACGACCUGCUGGUGACCCUGGAGGACGUGAUGCAUGGCUGCACCAAGCACGUGAAGGUCACCCGCAGCCGCCUCAACCCAGAUGGUCGAAGUCUUAGGAGUGAGGAAAAGGUUCUGAAUGUGGUGGUGAAGAAAGGCUGGAAAGCAGGAACAAAGAUCACCUUCCCCAGGGAGGGAGAUGAAACGCCCGGUAGCGGCCCUGCAGACAUCACCUUCAUCCUCAGGGAUGAGGAGCACCCAACCUACAGGAGAGACGGCUCCAACAUCGUCUACACCGCCCAGAUCACCCUCAAAGAGGCUCUCUGCGGCUGCACAGUCAACGUCCCAACGCUGGACAGCCGGAUGAUGCCUCUGCCGUGCAGCGACGUGAUCAAACCCGGCGCCGUCCGGCGGCUGAGGGGCGAGGGUCUGCCCCUCCCCAAGAGCCCGUCUCAGAGAGGCGACUUGAUGGUGGAGUUCCAAGUGCUCUUCCCUGAUAGGAUCCCACCUCAGUCCCGGGAGAUCAUCAAGCACAGCCUGGGCCAGUGCUAGCCCAACCGCCAGUCGCCACACACUCUGUGUCUUUCUUUCACAACCACAGCCUUUGUCCAAGGUGCUACUUCAACAACCAAUCACAACCUCCGAUUGUGUUUAGAGGCAGCAGAGCCGUGAUGAGUUCUCGCUCAGGCUUGGACUAUGUGAGGAGUUGACUUUCUGCAGGCGUUUGGCACAAUGUACAACUGGGCUGCCACAUGAGCAGGGAGUGCACAACUGAUAAAUGGGCUAUUAGUUCUAUUUAGCUCCAUGGCCUUCACCUGAAGUGUGCUGUUACACCUUCAGCAGGUAUCAGUGUGCUGUUUGAGUCUGUAUAGACUUCCUUAAACCUGAAAUGGUAGAAAAAUGUGAAAAUAUAUCACUCAAAUCCUUUUUUUCUUUCUUAGCACUCUUAUAGUUAUAUGGUGCUCAUAUGACUGAUCUUUUUGCAUUGAUUUAUUACAAUAGCAACUUGUUCUUGUGUACAAAGAUCUACUUUGUGUACAAAAUGAAAAAAUAUUGUCUCUAAAAGAGAUUCAAUGUCAAAUGUUCUAUUGAAUUAAAUAAAACAGUUUGUAAAUA